UACUCAGUUUAACUCGACAGUUUCACAUUCCAUGGCGACUGACAAGUGUCCCUAAAGUAUGGUGGAUAAUUUCAAAAAUCACACUAAGAGAUCUCGCAUCGGAAUUCAAUGAAAGAUCAAGAAGGAAAAAUAAGAAAUCAUGAACCAAUCAGAGUCACAGCAAAAUUUGCUCAGUAAUGAAGCUGCACCUGGUAAGACAGGGACUGUACAGUCAUUGCAAGCACCUGCUGAGUAUUCUCUUGGCCCAGUUGAAAAGCACUUCCUGCUUAGCGCAGAACGAGGUGAUUGUGCGACUGUUAAAAGAUUACUCGACGAACACAAAGAUCAUCCGGAACUUUUAAAUAUCAAUUGCGUGGAUCCAUUGAAUCGAUCAGCUCUCAUAGCGGCUAUUGAAAAUGAAAAUAUUGAUCUUAUUAAUCUUUUACUGGAACUUGGAAUUCAAGUCAAGGAUGCUCUCCUACAUGCCAUUAAAGAGGAGUACGUGGAAGCUGUUGAGAUCCUGUUGGAGUGGGAGGAAAAGAUUCAUGUUGCCGGACAACCAUACAGUUGGGAAGCAGUGGAUAGAUCUUCAUCGAAUUUUACACCUGAUAUAACGCCCCUAAUUUUGGCGGCUCACAAAAAUAAUUACGAAAUUAUAAAGAUUCUUUUGGAUCGCGGUGCUACUCUUCCCACUCCCCAUGAUGUAAGGUGCGGCUGUGACGAAUGUGUCGUAUCAAGUACUCAAGACUCACUACGACAUUCACAGUCGAGGAUAAAUGCCUAUCGUGCCCUUUCCGCGUCAUCCCUUAUUGCCCUCUCCUCAAGGGAUCCACUUCUCACGGCAUUCGAAUUAUCCUGGGAAUUACGAAGACUCAGUCAAAUGGAACAGGAAUUUCGCGCCGAAUAUAACGAAAUGAGAGAACAGGUACAAACUUUCGCAACUUCUCUUUUGGAUCACGCUCGCACUUCCUACGAAUUGGAAGUCAUGCUCAACUACAAUCCCACGGGAGACAACUGGGAGCCUGGCGAGAGGCAGACAUUAGAAAGACUUAAGCUCGGAAUUAAAUAUAAACAAAAGCAAUUUGUCGCUCAUCCAAACGUACAGCAGCUAUUGGCUGCCAUUUGGUAUGACGGUUUACCCGGAUUUCGACGAUUGAGCAUGAUGAAUCAAUUGAUCGAAGUGGGAAAAUUGGGGGCAAUGUUUCCCGUGUACAGUACAAUUUACAUGCUGCAGCCCACAUCGAAAAUGGGACUUUUUAUGAAGAAACCUUUCGUUAAAUUUAUUUGUCACUCAGCAUCGUACGCAGUUUUUCUCAUGUUACUUGGAAUGGCUUCGCAGAGAAUAGAAUAUUUAGUGAUUGAACUUUUUGGCAACGCGUGGUUAAGGGAGAUUUUAGCGGGAUGGAAACGAAAGGAACGAGGUUGUUUGCCCGGCUUCGUUGAGUCUGGGGUCGUCCUGUAUAUAAUAAGUUUAGUGAUUGGGGAAAUUCGAUCAUUAUGGUCAGGCGGUUUACUGGAAUACAUAUCAGAUCUAUGGAAUAUUGUCGACUUCAUUCAAAAUACGUUCUACGUACUUUGGAUGUUUUUAAGAGCCACAGCUUGGUUUGUAGUGAUGAGAGAAUACUGGAGUGGCGAGGAUCCUUGGUAUCCAAGAGAUCAGUGGGACGCUUUUGACCCGAUGCUUUUAUCAGAAGGUGCAUUCGCAGCAGGAAUGAUAUUCAGCUUUUUAAAACUUGUGCACAUAUUCAGCGUCAACCCACAUCUUGGACCCUUGCAGAUUUCCCUCGGGAGAAUGAUAAUAGACAUUAUCAAAUUCUUCUUCAUCUAUACACUCGUUCUAUUCGCUUUUGGUUGCGGAAUGAAUCAGCUCAUGUGGUACUAUGCGGAUCUGGAAAAGAUGAAAUGUUAUCAUGCACACAACGACAUACCAGACUUUGAUAAUCAGGAAAAAGCUUGUGCAACAUGGAGGAGAUUUGCCAAUCUUUUCGAGACCUCACAAUCGUUAUUUUGGGCUAGUUUCGGAAUGGUUGACCUAAUGUCCUUUGAUCUCACUGGCAUCAAGAGUUUCACUCGUUUCUGGGCCCUUUUAAUGUUUGGUUCAUAUUCUGUGAUCAAUAUCAUCGUCCUCCUGAAUAUGCUUAUCGCUAUGAUGUCAAAUUCCUAUCAAAUAAUUUCGGAAAGAGCCGAUACUGAAUGGAAAUUUGCGAGAAGUCACUUGUGGAUGAGCUAUUUUGAAGAUGGAGAUACGGUACCACCUCCAUUCAAUAUGGUUCCAACGACAAAGACAUUUAAUAAGAUUAUCAAAUGCGGUAACACUGGACGACCAACGAAAUCAAUAAUCAAAAAAUCAAGAGAAAAGGCAAAAGAGAGACAUGAUGUUGUAAUGAAAUUAUUAAUUCGUCGUUACGUUACCGCUGAGCAAACAAAACGAGAUGAUUUUGGAAUAACAGAAGACGAUGUCAUUGAAAUUCGUCAAGAUAUUUCAACAUUACGCUAUGAAUUAAUUGAUAUUCUUCGUCUAAAUGGAAUGCAAACACCAAAAACCGAUAAGACAGAAGUUUCUGGAAAGAAGGGUCGAGUGAUGGAGCGCAGACUACAAAAGGACUUCCAGAUUGGAUUUGUCGAGGGUUUGGUGAAUCAAGUGAUUCAGAGUCAGAGUCAACCGAAAGAUGUGUUUAGUCAAAUUGCAAAGGCAAUUGGACGACGUAGUAGCGGUGGUAGUAAGAAAGAUUGGAAUGCUGCUGUGCGACACAGUGUCAUUGUUCGCGAUCCAAUUGGCAGUAGAUCGGAAUUAAUGGUAAAACAAACCAGACGAAGUUUAAAACGCCACCUUGCACAUCAUCCGAAUUCAGAUUUAGCUUCACUUGAUCCUGAUCGUCUACUGGAAUAUAAUCCAAAUCUAUCCGAAGUCUCACCUGCAACACGUGUUGCUUACGCUAAAUUUAUCUUGAGUCGAAUACCGAAAAAGGAGGGCGGUAGUUUCGACGCCGGUGAUGAAGAAGAGGGUGGAGAAGGUGGUGGAGGUAAGAGGAGAUUAGUCACCCAAAGGAGUAAGGUAUCAAUAGUGGACGCAAUGAGGCAAACGACUCCAACCGGUUCAGUGAAGAAAGGUAUAUCAAAAGGUCCCAGUAUGGUUGGAAUAAUGAAAUCAGCGUCAAAGGCAUCGCUCGAAAUGCCUGAGGGCGAACCACGAACACCAUCGCCAAUACCUGAGGAUCCACGGGAACAAGACAGUGGAAAGCCAUCGACUUCUAGGCAAAUGUCCACCAUGAAGGAUGAAACCCCCGAGGAGAAGAAAAAACGUGAGGAAGAGGCAAUGAAGAAAGAGGACGAGAAGGAUGGAGUGAAGAAAGAAGAAGGUAAGGACGAAAAGAAGAAAGAUGAAGGCAAGGACGAUAAGAAGAAAGAGGAAGAGAAGAAGAAAGAUGAAGAAAAGAAGAAAGAACCGCCAAAAACCGAAGUCAAUCGUCCAAGAGCCGACGACAUGAAUACAACGAAACUUCGCGGUAAAUCAAAAGCCACGGGACAAAUUAUGGGCGGAUGGAUUUAAAAAACUUCUUUCAAAUUACAUUUUCCUCAUUUGUAUUUUCAAAUAUCACUAUCAUUAUUCUAUUAUAAUUUCAUCAAUAAUACGGAAAAUAAAAAUAUUUUAACUCU